AUGUCUUCCAGUUCCCAGAGCUCGGGGGGUGCCAGCAGUGCAUCUGCGCCCCGCGUCAAGACUUUCGAUUCCGACCUUGAAGCUCAGCUUCGAUAUCUUGCCCCGCCUCAGGAUGACCAACAUCAAGACGAGUUUGCUUCCAGUCCACUGUUGACAGUGCCCGCUCUUAGGGCGUGCCCAGACAUCCAACAUGGUCUCAUUGGAGCCAGCUGUGGCUCGUCCAAGCAGCUCAAUAAUUCUGAGAGCAAGACAGCUGUUCUUUCCGCAAGGGUCUUCCAGAACGUCACCGCUCCGGCUUCGACAUUUAUUUGUGGCAGCCAGGGAGCUGGCAAAAGCAACACGCUUGCUUGUCUGUUAGAGAACUGUCUGCUACGCAGCGAGCUUGGCAAUCUCCCUCAUCCUCUGACGGGAAUCGUGUUCCAUUACGAUGGAUUUAACUCGGAUCUAAUUGGGCUUCCCUGCGAAGCUGCCUUCCUCGCGUCUGACCUGCAAGUAAGGGUUCGUGUUCUCUGUGCGCCCACCAACAUCCAGACAAUCAAGAAUACCUACGCCCGGGUUCCCAACAUCGUCAUUGAGCCUUUCCGCCUGAGAGACGAAGAUCUCAACACGCAAAGAAUGCUCAACCUAAUGGCAGUAGGCGCCGGGAACGUACCCCUCUACAUGCACGUUGUGACACGCAUCCUGAGGGAAAUGAGAAUUAGCCAGCAGACUUCCGGCCAACCAUUUGAAUAUGCGCAGUUCAAGGCCAGGAUGAACAACGAAGAUCUACAAAUUGCGCAAUCGGUUCCCCUCCAACAGAGACUGGACACUUUGGAGAGCUUCAUGGCAUCAUCGCCGAUUCUUUCGAAGAAACAGAAAAAGAUGAUGAAAACGACGGGGGGCAACAACUGGACGCCUCGCGCAGGUCAACUCAUCAUCGUCGACCUUUCGUGCCCUUGUGUCACGUCGGACAUGGCAUGCUCGCUGUUCAACAUCGCACUCCAACUGUUUCUCGAAGGUGACAAAAGCGUCAGUCGAGUAGUUGCACUGGACGAGGCGCACAAGUACAUGAGGGACACUUCGCCGGAGUCGUGCAUCUUCACGGAGAAUCUGCUGGGCGUCGUCCGGCUGCAAAGACAUCUCGGCACGCGAGUCAUCAUCUCUACCCAGGAGCCGACGGUUUCGACAAAGCUCCUCGACCUGUGCUCCGUGGCGAUCGUCCACCGCUUCACGUCUCCGGACUGGCUCCGCGCACUCCAGAAACAUCUGGCUGGAGUGUCCUCGUUGGUGCCUGCAGGGGAUGUGGAGACCGAGGCUGAGCAGAACCAUGGGGGACCUGGCGUGCACCCCAUCACUGUCCGCGGGAGAGACCCUGCUGCCGAGCUCUUUUCGCUUAUCGUCAACCUUCGCACUGGCCAGGCUUUGGUGUUCUCGCCCAGUUCUAUCAUUGACAGCAAAGACUUUGGUCGUGAAUGUACGGAUGGAAAUAAGGGCGUCAAAAAUGACGAUAACGACAGCUCGGAUGACUCAAGCAAUGGGAAUGACAGCCCAGAGGUUUCCAACCAGACUCUUGAAGCUGCAGAGCGUCUCUCCCAUCGGGUUUUGAGAGUGAACAUCCGCGCCCGGCUAACAUCAGAUGGAGGGCGGAGUGUGAUGGCUUUGUGA